GAAGGGUGGACCCGCGGAACGGAACGACACCGCACGCACAAAUCGAAAAGUAUUUUUUCCUUUGACUGCUGUGUUUUGGGCUGUGCUGAGAAUAAAAUUAUUAUGGCUAGUAGUUCUUAUGAUGACAAUUGUGAUGUGUCGGCUAUCUUUUUCGAUUUAGACAACACUUUAAUUCAAACGAGAAAAGGCGACAGUAGGGCCUGCAAUAAGCUUGUGGAGAUAUUGCAGCAAGAGUACGGUCUCCCCCAAGAUGUGGCUGUGGAGAGCGCCUCUAAGUUCCUCCGUGCGUUCCGCGCCCGUCCCGAUGACGAUUCCUUCACCCUGGACGAAUGGCCCACGCACCUCUGGCGAAACUGUCUCCCCAAGAACUACAGGCAUAUUGCCAAAAAUAUAUCGGCCGAAUGGAUAAAAUUGAGAUUUCACUAUUUGGCUCUAACGCCUGACGUAAUUCAUCUGUUAGAGACAUUGCGGGAGGAUUAUCUUCUCGGUCUGAUCACGAACGGGCCUUCGCGCGCCCAGUGGCAGAAGAUCGAACGGCUGGGCCUCCGCAAGUACUUCGACUGUUUGCUGGUGUCCGGAGACCUGCCGUGGGAGAAGCCGGACCAGCAGAUCUUUCUCGAAGCCUGCAAGCUACUCAACGUCGAGCCGCGCACGUGCAUCAUGGUUGGAGACAAACUUGAAACUGAUAUUAAGGGCGGGAAAGAAGCCGAGCUGGGUGGCACGGUGUGGAUACCGUUGCAGAAGGACGAGGAAUCCUCCGACCUGCCGGACUUCACCAUCGACAAGGUCACGGAGCUGCCAGAGGUGCUGCCAAACUCGCCCAAGUUGCGACGCAGCCAGGGCGCCAACGUGUGCUGAAGUGCCAUCAUAACAAGCCAUCAUGAUCCAAGGUUGUGGAGUAAAUCUUUUUGACGUGUCACAAUUGGCACCACUUUACACAUUCUCUUUGCGUCAACGAACGCAACUAUUUUACGUACCUACUAGGUGCAUACAAGUCAAGAUUAUUUACGCGAUUCAUUUUUAUACAAUUCCAUACGGGAUUUAUUUUUAUCAGACAAGGCAAUCGUUAAUGGUUUGCCUAUAUUUACUUUGUUGAACAUUCUUCUUAUGAUCUUUGUGACAGUAUUCAAAGUACAAAUUAUUUAUUUUCACUUUGAACGAAUUAUUAGUUUUAGACCAGACUUCUAGUAUUAUAUAGAACAAAACUAAUUACAACUUUAGUUACCAUUACAAAUCUCUCCUAUAACAAAUCGUCAGAUAAAUAUAUUUUUAAUCCAAGUACAUAUUUUGACAUCGCAAACUUUAUUUUUUGAGGAAUAUUCAUUAACUAAUAGGUAUAAGUAUCAUUAUUUUUAAGAAAUUAACAAGGGUUAAGUGCAGCAAAGUACCUAUUUUUAUCUAAGAAUAUCCUAUUUUUUCACUCUACUAUGUAAGAAAUAUUUAUUUUCAAUUUUGGUUGUAUUAUUAAGUCGUCUUUUGAAUAGACUGUCUUUUGUGAUACCUACAAUAAGUAGUUAGCUUUGUAAUAAAAUUGUAAAAACUCUUGAACUCUGAAAUAUUUACUUGUAAACUAUCGUUUUUUAAAGCAAAGUUUAUAGAGCUGAAAAUAUUCAAUUAAAUAGUAGCUACUGCAGUUUACAACCAUGUUACUUAAUGUUGUAGUGAGGUAGUCAUCAAACAAUACGUAUUUCUUUGGAUAUCAAAGAACCUACUGACUGUUAUUUUAUGUUGUUAUAUUUGUUUGUAGAGUAGCUGUAGAUUUGUAGUGUAUAAUUUCCUCCUUAGCAUAGACGCAAACCUUAGCUUUAGUAUGAGCAGAGAUCUAAAUAGAGGUAAUAUUUUAAACAGUUGUACAAAUAACUUCUGAAAUCUAUGAACAAAUCUCUAAUAGCGUAAAGAAAUGAGUAUUUUUCUAAACUAGGUAAGCCUUUAAAUUUAAGGCUAUUAAGGUCUGUUAAGGUUCCGUUCAAUAAAUAUGGUGUCCAUUA